AUGCCGUACACGACAACGCAGACUGUUGAAACGACCGAGUACUACGUGCCGCAGGACACGACUGUUCAAUUUGAGAUGCCUGAGGUCGACUCAAAUUACGUGAAAACGCUGGGUGGAAUCCUGAAAGUGAUUUGCAUUAUCCUCGAUCUCGCCUGUUUCAUUUGUGUGCUCGUCGGUGGACCCGGAUAUUAUCGAGGCGCCGGCUGGGCGACUUUCGUCAGCACUGUCGGCCUUUCGGUGACCGCGCUACUGCUUUUUCUCUACCUUUUCAAAGUCGUUGACGCCAUUCCGCAAAUCAAUUGGAUUAUCUGUGAAAUGGUUUACACCUUCAUGUGGACGAUAUUCUUUUUCAUUGCCGGCUCGGUUUUGGCGGUGGCUGCUGUUCAAUAUCAACAAACUGCUGGUUGGGCUGUCGCCUCGUUCUUCGCUUUUGGAGCCAUGUGUGCUUAUGCUUUCGACUGCUACCUAAAGUUCUUGCAAUGGAAGCACGACGAGGUGGCCACUGGACGAGGCGCUUCAAUUUUCAAAGAUCGACCUCAAAACUCAGCC